AUGCGCUCGGCGUUGGCGCCAUCACCAAGGCACGGGGCUGUGGCCUGGUUUUCGUCCGCUGCUUCAGACGAAGCUGCGCACCCGAUCGCCUCGAUCCCCGACUCGGCAUCCCCAUCCGGCAGCAGCUCCAAAAGGGGACGAAAUCUAGAGUCCAGUGACCACGAACAGCAGCAGCCUACUGGUGGAUCGAAGGCUCUCCUUGCCGCCAUUGCGUCCAAGAGCCGGCGGGGAAGCCCCUCGCCGCGGUGGUCUGGCGAGGCUCGCUCCGACGACGUGGUCCAAGGGGCAGGACCCGGGGCCGCAUUUUCCGCUCCUCCUGGCGAGAACCCGUGGCCGAUUACGUCGAAGGAAUGGGAGAUGGUUGCCAAGACGCAGGAAAUCUCGAAAAGUCCCUCGGGCCCGCAGGAGAAGCUGCGGCGGUUUCAAGACGAGGUCUGGCCGUUUGUCAAGAGCGUCCGCGGCCGCGUCCCCAAGCAUCUCUACAUGUCGUCCACCAAGUUUCUCUUCGAGACCUGCGACUCCGUCGCCGAGCAGGGCCUUGCCGGUACGAGCUUGGCCCUUUCGAAGAUGUGUGCCACGAUUGGCAAGUGGGAUCUCGACAUAAGAAACGAGCUUGUUCUGAACCUGUGCCAUAUUCUAAUCAGCCAAAGGCGCUCGGCGGCGGCGCGCAACGCGCUGAUGAAGGAGCUUGUGGAUAUGUGGAAGCACCUUUCUCAGCUGAAACGCGGGAGCCAAGCGCAUCAGCAAGGUCUUCGCUUCGUGCUGCCCUCGGCCGACGAAAUCAAUAUGGGCACGGAGAAUCUGGAGAUUCUGGCAAAGAUGCAUGCAUAUGGCGCACCGGUUAGCGACCCGUCCCUAACCAUGCAGUUGGCCAGCCAAGCUCUGGCGAGCAUUUUCAUCCAGUACCCGUUGGGGCAGGCUUUCUGGCUUAUUCCCGGCCUCGUGGCCACCCUGGCCGUGCUUUCCGACCCUCGUUUAACGCGCGAGGGCAACAAGAUCGAUGCCGCGCCCCUGCUGAAUCUAGUUCGCCACGUCUUUGAGCAGCACCCCGUGGAGCCGACUUUCGUCGACCACGUCUUCACCAAGCGCAUCUUCACCAACAACAUCCGAUUCCCUCCUUCCAAAUUAGACGAGCUGCAGUCAUACGUCGCGGCGCAGUGGCCGCAGGCAUCGGCCAUGGUCCUCAAGAAAAGACCAAGCUGGUACCCGGGCCAUGCCCUGCCGCAGAGCUCGCUCUCCCCCGUGCCGAACACGCCGUCCAGCCUGUCCGUCUUUGACAGGAAGCUCCGCGCCGCGUACCGAUCCCGCGACACGGCCGGCGCCGAGUCCGUCUGGCAGCAUCUCAGGAUGAACCUGGCCGAGAACCCGGACCUGGGCCGGCAAAUGCGCGAGGAACCCGAGUUUCUCGACUAUUGCAUCUUCGUCUGGUGUGCCGUGCGCCGACCCGGCAGACUGCAGGAGACGCUCGAUGUCAUGAAGCAAAUCGGCGUCCAGCUCACGGUCCGAUCCUACACGAGCAUGAUACACGGCUGGAAAACAUGCAAGGAUGGCGGGCGCAUCGAAGCCCUCUGGGACAAGCUGGUGGAGUCGGGGUUGAAGCUCGACUCGGUCAUCUGGACCGAACGCAUCUCGGGUCUCAUCGAGGCCAACAGACCGCGGGCGGGGAUCCAAGCGCUCGCCGAAAUGCAAGCCUUGUGGAAAAAGGCCGUCCUUUCGGAAGGCGACGCCGCGGCGGCGGGGGCGGCGGGGGCGGGGGCGGCAGCGGUGCAGCCCACCGUCGAGGUGGUCAACGCCGCCGUCAAGGGCCUCAUCGCGCUGGACCGCCGCGCAGCCAUGGAAGUGCUCGCCUGGGCCAGCCGCGAGGGGAUCGAGCCCAACAUCCGCACGUUCAACAUCAUGCUGGGAGAGAGCCUGCGGUGCGCGACGUCGUCGGAGCAAACCGCAGCUCUGCUGGAAACCAUGAAGAAGCAAAAGGUGGAGCCCAACGAGGCCACCUUCACCAUCAUCCUGCAGCAAGUCCUGGGCGGCAUGGAAGACGCCUCGGCGGCGGAGCAGGUCCAGGCGGUGGAGCAGCUGCUGUCGGACAUGGAAAAGGCCGGGCUGCGGGCCAACCUCGAGACGUACGGCAAGAUGCUCUACGCAGUGGCGUCGCUUCCCGACGGCGGAGCCGAAGAGGCCGUCCUCGCGGUGCAGCAGCACAUGCAGGCGGCCGGGCUGUCGGCCACGCCGCACAUGGUCACCAUCCUGGUCGAGCGGGCUCUCGCACGGGGCCGGGGCCGGGGCCGGGGCCUCGGCCCUGUCGGCCCUGCCGGCCCAGCCGCGCCCGACGCAGGCGCCGCCAUACGCGACCUCCUCCGCCGCCACAACCUGACCAGCAUCGGCCAGGGCGACCAGACGCUGUGGGAGCGCGUCAUGAGCGCCCACGCCGUCACCGGCGACGUCGCCGCCGCCAUGGACGUCUUUGACCAGCUGGCCCGCGCCGGGCGAACCGUCACCUCGCUCCCCUGCCUGACGGACCUCGUCGAGGCACUCCUCGCCCGCGGGGACGCCAAGGCCGUCGCGGACGCGAGGCACGUGGUGGGCGUGGUGCUGAGCCACAAGCUGGACAUGGCGGUGACGGAACCAGAGGUGCUUGCGCCGGAUGCUCGGUACUGGCGCCACCACUUCUGGUUCCUGGCCCUGGAGAAUGGCCUGGUUGAGCGGGAAAAGGCGCCGCCCGCGCUACGAGCCAGGUUGCAGGGACUGCGGUCCUGA